UGGAAUACCAUUUACACAAUAAAAAAUGUCUUUCCAAUUGAUGUAUGACAGUAGACCUGUUCUGUAUGUUUAUGUAUAUGUUGAGCAUAUUGUUUCACCAUUUUGUUUAUGUAUAUGUUGAGCAUAUUGUUUCACCAUUUUUUACUUAUGCAGUCUUAAAAAUUAUGAAGUCAGAAGGACUACAUAGAGAAUCCAAAAUUGGACAAAUUGGUCCUUAUCCACUUUAUGUGAAAAGUUUUGAAUCACUAAUAGACAACAACAAAGUGUCUGAUGAGGUCAUGGAUGCCUUGUUUCACCUGUUCAGCAUGAGGCAACCUGAUGUUCUGGCUAUUAAUACCCACACCCUGACUGAUAUUCUGGAAGGGAAACCAAGAGCAAGGAGCCGUUACUUUACCAAGAGGAACAUCUUUGAAAACAUAAAGGAGAUCAUCGGUCCCUAUCUGGAGUGUGGGAAUCACUGGACCUUUUUUCAUAUUUGCUGCAUCAAAAGGCUACCGGGGACCGUGGAAAAGAACAAAGAGGAACCAUACCCUUCAGAAUGACACUAUUUCAUGUGGCGUUUUUACAGCAGUGUUUGCUGAGGCUUUUUUAGGUGACACAAGGGGCUAUCUUGCAUGCUCGCCUGUACUGCAGGAGAGAGAACGACUGGGGAUAUUUCUAUUUAGUUCACUUGGUAAGUUCCAUGCACAUAUUUAGAGUUUCUUAUUGGUUAGAUCAUGUUGAAAGAGUAUUAUCACAGCUAGCGUGUGUCCUGUUACUUUAGAUAGGUCUGGUAUUUGUGGUAUUUGUCACAGGAUGGCAUCUAGAAAGAUCCAGGAAAAAUGUUCAACUUGUUCAGUACGUAUUCAUACAAAAUGUCUACCUGGAAAUCAAGAGGAUGCCAGGUGCAUUUUUUGCAAAGACAGCGCAGGAGAAAUUAUCCCAAACAGAACCAGAAUCGAAGGGCAAGACAGCUCAGGACAAAGCAACCCAAAGAACACAAGACCGGAGGAACAACAUAGCUUAGGAGAAAGCAACACAAACUCUAGACAUGAGGGACAAGACAGCUCAGGAGUAAGUAACCCCAACACCAAAAAUGAGGGACAAGACACCACAGGAGAACGUAACUCAAACACCAGAAAUGAGGGACAAGACAGCACAGGAGAACGUAACUCAAACACCAGAAAUGAGGGACAAGACAGCACAGGAGAAAGUAACUCAAACACCAGAAAUGAGGGACAAGACAGCACAGGAGAAAGUAACCCCAACACCAGAAAUGAGGGACAAGACAGCACAGGAGAAAGUAACCCCAACACCAGAAAUGAGGGACAAGACAGCACAGGAGAAAGUAACCCCAACACCAGAAAUGAGGGACAAGACAGCACAGGAGAAAGUAACCCCAACACCAGAAAUGAUGGACAAGACAGCACAGGAGAAAGGAACCCCAACACCAGAAAUGAGGGACAAGACAGCACAGGAGAAAGUAACCCCAACACCAGAAAUGAGGGACAAGACAGCACAGGAGAAAGUAACCCCAACACCAGAAAUGAUGGACAAGACAGCACAGGAGAAAGUAACCCCAACACCAGAAAUGAUGGACAAGACAGCACAGGAGAAAGGAACCCCAACACCAGAAAUGAGGGACAAGACAGCACAGGAGAAAGUAACCCCAACACCAGAAAUGAGGGACAAGACAGCACAGGAGAAAGUAACCCCAACACCAGAAAUGAUGGACAAGACAGCACGGGAGAAAGUAACCCCAACACCAGAAAUGAGAGACAAGACACCACAGGAGAAAGUAACCCCAACACCAGAAAUGAGGGACAAGACAGCACAGAAGAAAGUAACCCCAACACCAGAAAUGAGGGACAACACAGCACAGGAGAAAGUUUUCCCAACACCACUGGACUUGAGGAACAAGACAGCAUAAGACAGAGUGCAGGAGUUGAGGGAAAAAAUAGCACAGGGCAAAUCCAAGAUAAGACAGGUAAAGUUCUAAGUUGAAACUUUGACAAAUGAACAAUUUCCUUAAAGGUUUGUGGAAAUCCUGUUGAAUCCUUUAUUCUGAUUGGCUGAAAAAUGUUCCAUGGAUGUUGAUUAUUUUUCUGUAAACCACACCUAACUUGUCAAAUGUCUUAAACACCGCAUGUGUGAGCAGCACGUCUUCGCGUAGCAGGAGCGUCACUGAAGCAGUAGUACUGCGAUCGUUUUGGUGUCGGCUUUAUUUUUGCUGCGCUGGUCACGCUCAAUUAAAGUGCUUUAAUUAUGAUUGUGGAUUGAUACGAAAAGUGUAAUUUUAGAUUAAAUCACGAAUGUGAUGCCAAGUGUGUUGUAAACAGUCAUGACUUUGAGACAUUUUAAAGAAAGCAAUGAAAUAUUUAAAACACACUGUAGCCAUAAUACUGCACUGUCAUUCACUUUCUGCCCAGCACUUAAUGAAUCCUCAUCUAUCUUAACAAUCUUCAGGAAAAACAGAUACAUCUAUACUGUAAAUCUAAAUCUUGUGUUGAAGGGUUAGGAAUGAAACUGAUGUUAAGCUGUGCUGAAUUACCACCUUGGGUGUGCAUCAUUUUUAUUAUUAUUCAAUCUCCCGUUGUUAAUUAUUCCUUACUUAACACAGUAAAUCACAAAAAAAUUUUAGCUGUGUUUUUGCUAGGUCACAAAAUAAAAAUACUGGUAAAUGGUCUGUAAGAAGGGGUCAAAUAAAUCAGGAUGAAGAAUAAGGAACAUAUUAUUUUUAUAGUAGCCUACCUUUACAGUUUUCAUUGCAUACUUUUACUAUUCUUUUUUCUGUCCUUCCAGGGGGAUUUCUGGUGGAAAGUGUUUUGA